GUGAGUCUUCACAUCAUCACACGUCGUGGACCUCUCUGACCAAGCAGCAAUACAACCAUGACGGAGCAGCAGCCUGAUAGCCAGCUGGUUCUGGUGGUCUACGUCAUCACCUUCAUCUUCGGCCUCCCCGCCAACACCUUGGCCCUCUUCACCUUCAUCAAGAAGGUGCGGCAGAACGCCACGCCGGUCGACGUCCUCCUCCUCAACCUCACCGUCUCCGACCUGGUCUUCCUGCUCUUCCUGCCCUUUCGCAUGAAGGAGGCCGUGGACGGCAUGAAGUGGCACAUGCCGUACUUCCUGUGCCCGAUGUCGGGCUACAUCUUCUAUACCACCAUCUACAACAGCAGCUUCAUGCUGACGGGCAUCUCCGUGGAGCGCUACCUGGGCGUGGCCUUCCCCAUCAAGUACAAGCUGAAGCGCCGUCCACGCUACGCCGCCAUCUUCGUCUUCGUGGCCUGGGCCUUCUCGCUCUCGCACUGCAGCAUCGUCUACAUCAUGCAGUACUACGACCACGUCAACGCCACCGCCAUCGACCCCUCGGACCGCGACACCUGCUACGAGGAGUUCACGCCGGCCCAGCUCACCGUCCUGCUGCCCGUGCGCCUGGAGCUGUGCAUAGUGCUCUUCUGCGUGCCGCUCGUCAUCUGCACCUUCUGCUACGCCAACUUCAUCCGCAUCCUGUCGGGCCUGCCCAACAUCACGCGCCGCAAGAGGCAGCGUGCCAUCGGCCUGGCCGUGGGCACCAUGCUGGUUUUCCUGCUCUGCUUUGGGCCCUACAACAUCUCGCACCUGGUGGGCUACGCCACCUGGAAGAGCCCGCACUGGCGCAAGUACGCCGUGCUCACCAGCACUUUCAACACCUGCCUGGACCCCUUCAUCUACUACUUCUCCUCGUCCGCGCUCAGGGCCACCUUCAGGCACGUCAUGCGGAGGAUGUGCGACAGGCUGCACCUGCGCACGGGCUGCUGCAGGGCUCUCUACUGCCCCCUGUUGACGAACUCCUGCAUGGAGGCUGAAGACCGCACGGGGACCUCCAAUGAUAGCUCGGCUCAGCCUAGCCUGGACCACGCACGACACAAUGCAGUACAGCAAUACAAUAACAACUCAUGCUAGCCUGGAGCAACAUUUUGUGGCUUUGCCUUAAAUAAACAGCCUACUUCUUUGUUUAGAGUAGAACGGAAUAGAGUAGAGUAGUAGCCUGGCAAGCCAGACUACGUGUGAGAUGAAAUGUGACUAUUUAGUCUAGAACCGAUCAAUGAGACAUUGGAAGAUUGUUAAUGGGAACAACCCGUUGUUUUUCAAACUGCCUCUGUGCCUAUUGGCCAAUGCUUUGUCGUCACAACCUCAAAACCCUGUCCGCUUUGCAUCCAAAGAUUCAAAACAAAUCAAAACAAAUGCGUUGUGAUUGAUUGGUCUGCCAGUUUCAGGGCAUGGGGCAUUGUCCGAGGAUAGACCCACUCGCAGGCAAAAAUAUUUUUUGCCGCUGGUGGGUGGUGCUAGUUUACUAGGCUAGUAGAGUAGAGAAAAGAAUAAUGUAUUUUACUGUCUUUAUGCAUUACUGUAAGUACAAUGCAUGGUAUGAAACUAAUCAAUGACAUUGACAGCUGUUCUCAAACUGUGCCACAGACUCUAUCUUACAGAUAUAUUUUAAGCUUUUUUUAAGAUUGUACAUUACCAUGAGAAUAGAAAGAAAGAGAAAGACAGAAAAUAUUAGAAACAAAAUAGAGUUGAGAAUAGAAUAGAAAUUGUUGGAAUAGAAAAGAUUAUUUCUGUGUCUCACAUCAUCUCAGGUGAACACUGCAUUAGCUUGCCAAAAUAUUGGUUGGCUAGAUAACAUUGCACAGCGUCUUGUACUUGUACUUACAUUUCCUUCACUCUUUUGUCCGUUGUUAAGGCAGCAUCUGGGCACUUUAAGUGCACUGAAUUUACCAAAAUGUUCAGCGUGAGCGCCCUACGCACUGAAAUGCACAAGUGUGUGAUAUGAAACUUUUUUUUUACACUCAGGGGACAUCAGCCUAUUUGCCAGUUUCAAAUGUUUCUUUUUUCUGUUUGUUAGUAUAAUGUACUUUUUAUAUAUUUUUCUAAAAAAAUAAUUUACAGUUUUGGACUUAUAGAUGUAACUACCAUGUUCAGUGCAGUCCAUCAUUUGGGAGUAGUACUGUGUACAGACUGUUUGGAAUGGCAAUGUGUAGCACAGUGGUUCCCAAACAGGGGGUCACGACCCCUAGGUUGUGAAAAUGGGGGUUGUGAAAAUAUUUGUUGUCGCCGCAGAAAAGGUUUGGGAACCACUUGUAGCAUAAUGUGUGUGUAAAUAUUAGUGUUGCACCGAUACCUUUUUUUGUCCCCGAUACGAUACCGAUACCCGACUGUCCAGUAUCGCCAAUGGUUUUGUCAGGCUGCGGCCUACCUUUGUGAAACAGGAAAAAGACUAAUACUGUACAAAGUGAAUCCAGUAGAACUUUUAAUACUUUUGAAAUACCUCUGAUAUAAAAUAACUAAGAUCAAGGCUGUGUUUAAGUGUCAUACGAGCAUCUGUAAAUGGUAUCGGUGCCCUAUUUGUUGGUACUCGCCGAUACCGAUACCGAUACCGAUACCACCAUUUUAGUGCAGUUUCGGGGCCCCAGCCGAUACUGGUAUAGGUAUCGGUGCAACACUAGUAAAUAUAAGGUGUUUGUGGAGGACCACUGUAUUGUGUUAUUGUAUAAUUUAUUUGCUCUCUCUGUUCAGUGAUUGCGCAGGCGUGAUCGGCAUGUAGUUCUUCAUGUUUCAUUUGUAUUUGUUUGUGUGUGUUUUUGUGUUUCUCUGUCCACAUUGCAGCAUUUGAAUGUUGUCACCACAGCCGUUAAUGUAGCAAUGCCGAUGAUCUUGCUAUACUUCCUCCUCAAGUAAACUACCCCAUAAGUAAAGUUACU